AGGCUGCGGCUGCGCGGGGCGGGGCGGGUUUGUGCGCGGCUGCCGGAGGCCGGCCGGCUCGGUAGGAGCGGGCAGGAUGGCCGGCGUCGCCCUGUAUCUGGUCUCUACGCUGGGCGGUUACCUCCUCACCUCGGCGCUGCUGCUCAAGUGCCCGGGACUGCUGCACCGGCCCAAGCGGCAGCGCUUCCGCUGCCGGCACAUCUCCCACCGCGGCGGUGCUGGAGAGAACCUGGAAAACACAAUGGCAGCUUUUCGCCAUGCAGUUAAUGUGGGAACAGAUAUGUUGGAGCUAGAUUGCCAUCUGACGAAAGACGAACAAGUAGUGGUAUCACAUGAUGAGAAUCUGAAGAGAGCCACUGGAGUUGACAUCAGUAUAUCUGACCUCAAGUACACAGAACUCCCACCAUAUCUCUGCAAAUUGGAUGUCACCUUUCAGAAAGAAUGCCACUGUGAGGGUGAAGACAAUCGCAUUCCACUGCUGAAGGAGGUGUUUGAGGCAUUUCCAAAUACUCCAGUCAACAUUGACAUCAAAGUGAACAACAUUGUGCUGAUUAAAAAGGUUUCAGAGUUGGUGAGUCAGUACAAACGAGAACAUUUGACAGUGUGGGGCAAUGUCAAUUAUGAGAUUGUGGAGAAGUGUCAUAAAGAGAAUGCUGAUAUUCCUAUCCUUUUCUGUUUGAAACGUGUCCUGCUUCUUGUUGGCUUGUUUUACACAGGUCUGCUGCCAUUCAUUCCCAUCAGGGAGGAAUUCUUAGAAAUUCCUAUGCCCUCAAUCAUCCUGAAGCUGAAAGAACCAGAGAAGAUGACGAGAAGCCAAAAAUUUGUUAUCUGGCUUGCUGAUGUAUUGUUAAUGAGGAAAGCAUUGUUUGAUCACCUCACUGCUCGAGGCAUUCAGGUGUAUAUUUGGGUACUGAAUGAAGAACAAGAAUAUAAGAGAGCAUUUGAUUUGGGAGCAACUGGAGUGAUGACAGACUAUCCAACAAAGCUUAAGGAGUUUUUACACAAUUAUUCAGCAUAAAGGGGAAAAAAAAAUCAAGCAAGAUCUUACAAAGUGGACAGAGUGAGCCAAGGAUUUCAUUCCUUCAUCAGUUUUUUUUUUUUAGCACUACACAGAUAAAUCACUUGCCCAAUGGUGAAAAGUGUAAUCAGCUGGGCUAUAUUACCUCACUCUUAAAUCAUUACAUGAUGUAGAGAUUGUAUACAGUUCUAUUUAUUUAAUAUUUUAAUACCAUAGUUUACAUUUGUAAAUAGAUUGUUUAGCAAGAGUACACCAUACUGAUGGUGAUGUAUAGAAAGAAGGCUGUGGAUAAGGGUACUUGUAAAUAAUAUGCAGUAUUUUACCUAUUACAAGUUCCCAUGCCCAGACAUCAAGAAAUAGCAUUUGGAAACUAUUCCUGUCAAAUGCUAUUGGGUAGAGAUUAAUAGCUGGCACUGUGUCAUUGUAUUUACAUCUCAUUGAUUGAACUGGCUGUUGAUUUCCAGGUAAUCUACAUUGAGGAAAAGAAACUAGCACAUACGAAAAGUAAGAAGUUAGAUCUGUGGAUAUCUGGACAGAUUAUCCUGCAAAGUGUAGUCAGUAAAGGUAGUAACUUACAGUAAUGUAUUUUGACUAAAACUAAAUCCUUAAACCAACAUAGGUUUACUUAAUUGCUUUUAUUAAUGAGAAUGUUGGGGUUAGUCUCUGGCUGUAAUUUGGACCCCUUUUUGGUGUAAUAAUAUCCAGUUUAGUCAAUAAAUCAUAGUACAGUAUUUUUAGAAUCUAGCCCUGCCUUCUGGAAUUAUCAUAUUGUUAUGCUACUCUUUUUUUUCUUUUCUUUUUUUUAAUUAUUAUUGACAAGGACUGAUUUUUUUUUUGUCUAAAUCUGAAUUUAUAAACCAAUUUUACUGCUAUAAAAUUGAAAAAGGUAGUUGUUUCCAGACUUGUAUUAUAAAUUGCAUAUAUUUUUAUAUUUGUAUAUCGUCAUUAAUUAGUUUAGGUUAAACUUGAAAGGUGCUAAAGAUGAAAAAUCCACAAAAGGAUUCAUUUCUCAGUUUUCUUUCAGAUAUUUUUUUAAUAAUCUUUACCACAAUCAGACCCCUGUAGUUCUGGCUUGAGGUACAGUAGGGCUAAUCUGGAAUGAGUAACAGAGCAAGUGUAGCUCACUUGGUAGAUAAUGUCCACAAUGCUAUUUGGGCAAUUCAUUAGCCAAUUUUCCAGAAAAGGAGGGUUGCAUUUACCAUUGACUGAGGAAAACAGAAUUCAGUACUGUUUAAAAUCUUUACAAAAGGAAAAUAAAUGUUUUUAGUUUCCCCCCCCCACCCCCCUCGUAGUUCCAAAGGGAUUUGGAGAUAUUUUUAAAACUGAAUUCUGGCAUUCUGUUGAUGCCUAAUGUGAGCCAAGGGCCUCUUGGGGAGUAAUAUUGAUAGCAGAGGAAUUCUGGGAUACGUUAAUCUCACUCUCUGCACCAAUUUUGUUGAAUAUAUCUGCAUAAAGGCUUAGCACAGAAAUUAAUUGCUUGACUGAGAUGUUAACACACAAUCUCCAUUGGGUUGAUGGAUUGGAAAUCAUAUUUAAUGUGAGGAACCAAAGAUGAGACCUUUGGGAACAAUGAAGAAAACUGCCAUUAAAAUAAUUCACCAAGACAAAUAUACGUUUAAUGUUAAUUAUGAACCACUGGAUCAGUACUUGUUGUGUAAAAGUCCCUUAAACAGAUUUACUUAAUUAUCCUGCCUCUUCAAAAACAAAACAACCCUCCACUGCCACCACUUUGCAAUACAUAUCUUGACAAUCAGAGUGGCAGUGGUUUGUAUUAGCUCUAUCUCAUUAAGGGAAUUUUUUUUCCUAACCAAAAAUAAUAAAUUCAAUAUGCAUGAAAUUUAGACAUGCACACCGAUGAAGUAAUAUUAUUAAGAAAAGCCAGGAAAUCCAGAGUAUCGAGGGAAGAAGGUUGCCCUAGAAAUGCACACUCUCUCUUCCCGUUAUCACCAGCAGGAGUUGCAUGUGCAUGUCAAAUAAAGAAUGGAGCUGGUGAUUUCUUCUUGUGUGUUUUGGCAUUACUACUUUAACACUGUUGUUUUCAUGUAUUUUUGGAUGAUGUGGUCUGUAUGUAUGGAAUGAGCUGAAAAAGGCUCAGUAACUUAGUCAUUAGACAUGACAGGAACUAAACUACAAUAAUAUCUGCUCCUGAUCUCUUUUGAGGGACUUCAGCUUUGAGAAUGUGACCUCACUCAAUAAUAAAACCUAAUCAGAUGUAGGAAUAAUAUACUUACAAAUAUUUUAAUUAAGGAAUGACUUAAAAUAAGAAUUUUCUCUCUGCCUCCUUAAACUUUUAAAGGAUAUCUUGAUUCCCUCAUUAGCCUCCCACCCUACAUCUUGUGCCCCAGAGAAGCAAUCCUGCAGCCUGUUAGCUGUUCUAGGGCACAAGCAGGCCUGCUUUCUAAAGUAAAGCGUUUGAAUGUUAAGCUUGUCUGGAUGGAUGAACAUUCACAGGUGCACUAUAAUCACCCCGUGUAACAGCUACUAAAUGUCAUCUGUAUUUUGAGGAAUAUUUUCCCUGAGUAGAUUAUAUGGAAGAAACCUCUUCUGAAGAAGUUUUAAGUGAACCCACAUUAGGGAUUUUGGCAAAUAUGUAGCUAGGUUUAAAUAGAUGUAGAUCUAAUUUUGUUUUAAUACAAUCAGUGUUCUGGCAUCUCAGUAAAAGAACAAAAUAGAAGUAAUGUUCUAACAAUUAAGAUGAAAAAUAUGCAUUUUCAGUAACUUGUUAUAUGCUAAGCUUCUCGAUCUUUGUCCAGACCUCUUAAGCUUCAACCAGAUAAUUGCAUGUAGCCAGUAUAGUUACUAGCUGUCUUGCUUUUUAGCAGAAAUGGAGAGCUGUAGAAUACUGUUUUAUUGCAUAUGGGAAAUGAGCAACACUCCCCCUCCUUCUUCUGAGCCUAUGCACCUGCUGCCUGCUACAGUUUAAUUUCUGGCCAGGCCUGUAUUCACAGGAAAGUUGCCCCAUCAUUAUUUUGCUAGAUCAGUCCAGUGUUUGGACCUGAAUGAUGUAUUUUUCCUUCUCUGGAUGCAUUGCUUCCAUGUUUCAAACAUGCAUGCUGUAUUUU